AUGAAAUCCCUCACAGCACUUGCCUUAUUGGCCAUCCUCGAGGCUGUCAAAGUUCAAGCCACAACAUAUGGAUUCGGACCCUACUUUUCCAUGGGCCCUACGAGCUCUUGGAUCCGAGAGGCAAACACGACCCUCGUGCUGCCGGCUGUGCCUAGUCCCGCUGUGGACAGACUGGCACUGUGGCCCGGCAUGUCAACCAGCGACGGCGACCUCAUUCAGGCUAUAGCCGUCGCAACCAAGGACCCAAACGCUGAAUGCGGUGGCAGUACCGGCCAGUGGUGUGUCUUCGCCAGUGUUCUAGAAAGCGAGCAGGAAGAGGGUGACAAGCUCGGCGAGAACGCCGGAACCGCCUUGGUCAUUCAUUACAAGUACAAUGACUCGACGGAAAAAUACGAUCAGACUGUCUCGAUCAACGGUGUUGUAGUGUCGAGCAUUUCGACAUCCUCAGGUGAGGCCGCAGGUUUUGGCACUGCUGUGGAGUGUCAGGACGACGCAUGCCAAGGCAGCGCGGAUGCUCACCAAUAUCUUGAUACAACCAUUGUACUCGAUGCAGCCGACACAUCGUUUAUCAAUACUCUGUCCUUGAACGAGGCAACGACCUCUGCCGUCUCUACUACGGAUGGCGGGAAGACAUGGGUUGUGGAAACCAUUGAUAUUCAGGCCUAUACUUUUAAUAACUAG